GCUGGUCACACAUCACGUGAUUUACUUAUAUUAAAAAAAAAAAUGUUAAAUGGAAACAGCAUGUUCUAUUAUUUAUGGCAAAUACAGAGAUUAUUUAUCGAUUGCAUUAACAGUGUUGUGAAACAGCGAUGUUGUCGAGGUUCGGGCAAGUGCGCGCCAUUGACAUUAAUUUGAAAUUGGGACACACGGUUAAGGUUAAUGCAUGCAGAAGACAAACAAACGAAAUCAACAGGAAACUCAAGUUGUUCUUGCAAUGUAAACAAUGAGAAACAAAUAGAGGGCGAGGUUAAAUGCAUUUUUAAUGGCAAUGUCUGGGUCUAAAGUCGCUAGCCUAGCAUGGAGUCAAUCAUAAGGACUCACAGUUCGUUAACAAUGGCCAGCUACUAUAGACGUAAAAAACCGGACACGGUAUUCCUGAAUGCCAAGCCCAUAAACAGUGGAAAUGCGCAGGCCUAUCUACACGGUGUACGCAAGUAUUCCAUUGGGCUGGCUGAACGUUUGGAUAGUGGUUACCAGGCACCAGGAAAUGGCAAGAGAAGUUCGGUGAGCACCGUGGGCUCGAUUAGUAAUGAUUUUAUACCGAGUGUUUUUUAUCGCAACAUUGCACCGGUUAACUGGUUUCUGCGGAUCAUCGGUGUUCUGCCCAUUGUACGCCGUGGUCCUGCUCGGGCCAAGUUUGCUUUGAACUCGGGAGCAUUUCUCUAUUCUGUAGUUUUCUUUGUUCUGUUGUCGUGUUAUGUUGGUUAUGUGGCCAACAAUCGCAUUCACAUUGUGCGUUCCCUGAGCGGCCCCUUCGAGGAGGCAGUCAUCGCUUACUUGUUUCUGGUCAACAUACUACCCAUUAUUAUAAUACCAAUUUUGUGGUGGGAGGCCAAGAAGAUAGCGCGUUUGUUCAACGAUUGGGAUGACUUUGAAGUGCUGUACUAUCAGAUCUCUGGACACAGUUUGCCGCUGAAUCUCCGCCAGAAGGGCGUCUAUAUUGCAAUAGUCUUACCCAUACUGUCGGUGCUAUCGGUGGUUAUCAUACACAUCACUAUGUCGGAUUUGAACCUCAAUCAAGUGGUACCCUACUGCAUACUAGAUAAUUUGACGGCCAUGCUGGGCGCCUGGUGGUUUCUCAUCUGCGAAGGAAUCAGCACAACCGCAUAUCUGCUGGCCGAGCGCUUUCAGAAGGCAUUGAAACACAUUGGUCCCGCUGCCAUGGUCGCAGACUAUCGCGUCUUGUGGCUACGGCUGAGCAAGUUGACCCGCGACACUGGCAACGCGCUCUGUUAUACAUUUGUAUUCAUGAGUCUAUAUUUGUUCUUUAUCAUUACGCUGUCAAUUUAUGGGCUAUUGUCGCAGCUGUCGGAGGGAUUUGGCAUCAAGGAUAUUGGUCUGACCAUCACAGCGCUGUGGAACAUUGGACUACUCUUCUACAUUUGCGAUGAGGCGCACUAUGCGUCCGUCAAUGUGCGCACCAAUUUCCAAAAGAAACUGCUGAUGGUCGAGCUGAACUGGAUGAACUCGGAUGCCCAGACAGAGAUUAAUAUGUUUUUGCGUGCCACCGAAAUGAAUCCAUCGAACAUCAAUUGUGGCGGAUUCUUUGAUGUUAAUCGCACUCUCUUCAAGGGUCUGCUCACCACAAUGGUCACCUAUUUGGUUGUGUUGCUGCAGUUCCAGAUCAGCAUUCCAACGGACAAGGGCGAUGGCGAUGCCACGUCGAAUGUCACAGUCGUCGAUAUGCUGAUGGAUAGUUUGUCUAAUGACAUGACCUUGCUGGGUGCCACCAGCACCAGCACUUCUGUGGCACCACCAACCACAACAACGGUGGCAGCAGUUACCCGGUCUGGGCGUGGUCGAAAGGGUUGAAUUAGGUCAAGGUAGCACGAUUUGUGAUGCGACUAGGAAUAGGAAUAAGCAAACAAAAUAGUGAAUGCACAGCAAAUUAGGCAACAAUUGAAUAUUAAACUUAGAACAGCUUAGAAUAAAUUUUACAAUAAACGAAAAAUACCA